UGAAGAUGCAGGUAUUAUCUUAAGGACCACUUCUGUCUACCCCGUAAUCAUUGAAGAUCGGCUCAAAACGCUCAGGGGCGCCACCUGCAGGCCAGGGUGAAAACCUCGUUUUCUCAAAAUGUAACUAUUGCCAGUUCCCGAAUCAUUGAUUUGUGGGGAGAUUUGGGGAAAUGACAUCGACUUAGAUGUUCCAUCAUCUUCCAAAACGCGGAGGAUGGAUAGUUACUUGCGUACUUGCCCACUUGCUAUGCAUAAGACGCGCCAGCAGAGGGCAGUGUGGUACCACAAUAAGUGUUGUGGUAAUGCGGUAAACCACAAGCAGUCGAUGGCCCUACAUUUCAUAGCCUGCUGAACUCCGGAGUCCAUCUAGCCUCUAUGGUUUACGGUGAUCUGUUGGCUAAUGCCCCCAAUAGAACAUCAAAUUAAUCCAUCCAGGAAUGGAUCCAGAAACAUUUCGUUUCUGAUUUAUUUUAAAUUACACUGAAUACUUUACCCCCCAAAACCUAACAAAUAUCUAAUAUGGCAUUGCUGUUAUAGUGAAUGGAUUUGAACAGAUAUGUAGGCUAAUGAUAGACUUUACUUUAACUUCCAGCUGAUGGAGUCCUUUACAUUUGGGUCCCUGCGGUCCAUGGAGAUGCCCGCAGGAAUUCACUGAUCUGGGUUCAUAACGCAAUAUCUCACAUUCCAGCAUGCAUGCAGGAUUUAUCAGCCCUGCCCAAUUGCACACCAUUAAUAAUGGAACACAGGCGGUACGAUCUGCGUCCGAGAGAAGCAGAAAGCCCUUCCACGUUACAGAACUCACAUCUGCGCGUAAAGUCCAUUCUGCUGCGUUCAGCCUUCGGACCUCGAAUCCUCGUUGGGCCCUGGCCGGUCUACCAGCAGGGGGGCUGAGAGACCCCGCCCACGCCCAGAUGUGUGCCCCCCCCCCUCAUCUCCUCGCUCUCCUCUCCACUCCAGCCCACUCCUGUUCCGGUGAAGCAGCGCGACGGAGCAUCUCACUGGACAUGCGCGUCACACCACAGAAGUUGGCACGGCCGUUCCUCUUCCCAUUACGCGUCAGUUCCUCCGCGUCUCGAGUCGGGUCGGAGUCUCGUUCUCCUCGGUGUCACUGAGGAGUUGAGGUCUGCGCUGUCUGCGCCAUGGACGCGUCGGGUUGGGUUUACCUGCGCAGUGGGGCGGUGUGACCGAGGGGUGGUCCAGGGUUUGGAGACCGACGCGCUCUGCUCUGCUAGAGGAACCGAGAACCACAGCAGAGAACGUUCUCUACCCUCUGAAGAACGGUGCACGAAGGUAUCCAGUACGGGAGGAGAUUGAGCUUAGACACACCGGUUGGAUUCCCGUGUUCCUCUUCUUCGUUCCCAGACGGCGGGAUGAUGGAAUAUUUUUUUUACGUUUUACACGUGGAUUUGAAAUUCGCGUGAAAUUCCACCUGGAGAUCCGAGGAGCGGAGAGCUGGUCUGGAGAUCACUGACUUCGACCCGCUGGUCUGUAGUUUGAUGUAAAGAGGCGGACGUUUGUUCCUCUCCCUCUCCAGCCCAGCAUGACGUCGCUAACGGGGACCAAGGAGAGGUCCGUGAACCGGAGCAGGAGAUACGGGGGGCCCGACACCUCCCCGACCAAAUCGGCGUCCUUCUCCCCGGAGACCUGGUACCGCCGGGCGUACGAGGAGUCCCGGGGCGCGGCCCGGCCCGCCCCGGAGGGCGCCGGGUCCAUGCCCAGCUCCACGGGCACGCCCUCCCCCGGCUCGGGCACCUCGUCCCCCGGCUCCUUCUCCGGCUCCCCGGGGACGGUGUCCCCCGGGAUCGGGACGGGCUCCCCGGGGUCCCUGGGCGGCUCCCCGGGCUUCGGGACGGGCUCCCCGGCCUCGGGCAGCGGCAGCUCCCCCGGGAGCGAGCGCGGCGGCUGGUGUGAGGACUGCAACGCGCGGCUGGAGGAGCUGAAGGGACAGGCGCUCACACUGCUGAUCCCCGGACCCUGCUCCAGCAAGAGGGUCUCCAGAGAGACGCUCCACACCGGGUUCUGUCCUGUAGCGCCAUGCGUGGUCGGGGCUGUACUGAGCCUGGAGGUCCUCAGCCUGGAGGUCCUCAGCCUGGAGCUCCUCAGCCUGGAGCUCCUCAGCCUGGAGGUCCUCAGCCUGGAGGUCCUCAGCCUGGAGCUCCUCAGCCUGGAGGUCCUCAGCCUGGAGGUCCUCAGCCUGUAG